CUGGAUAGCUCCAAGAGACAUUCCCACGGGGUCGUUAUCUCUCUCUUUUCAGGUAGACAGUGCACUUGGAGGAAGAAAUUAAAGCACCCUGAACGCAUGGAUCAACUUUUCAAGUGUUUUGUUUUGUUUUAGGACAGUUUCUCUGGUGGCAGAAACUUGACGGGGAAGAGAACGCCGAGUAAUCCCAUCGAUCUUUUAAUAUUCUUCAUUCCUUGGUAUUAUAGAACACAUGAAAACUACAGUGAAUUUUUCAGUGCUUAAGACUAUGGUUACAAAAUCUCUUUCAAACCUUUCCCUGCAAACCGACGAAAAUGAGAGCAGCUUGAUUCCGGAGGUCUUAGAGGCAGAUUCCUUGCCUUCCUCAGAACAAGGCACCAUUGAAUUCGUUAUCCGCUGCGUGAUCCCGUCGCUGUACCUGCUUAUUAUCACAGUGGGUUUGCUGGGCAAUAUUACUCUAAUGAAGAUCUUCAUCACAAAUAGUUCCAUGAGAAGCGUUCCUAACAUCUUUAUCUCUAGCCUAGCAGCUGGGGAUCUGCUGCUUCUCGUGACCUGCGUGCCGGUGGAUGCCUCUCGCUACUUCUUUGAAGAAUGGAUGUUUGGGAAAGUGGGCUGCAAACUUAUUCCCGUCAUACAGCUUACCUCAGUGGGAGUUUCUGUGUUCACUCUAACCGCGCUUAGUGCAGACAGAUAUAAAGCCAUUGUGAAUCCUAUGGAUAUCCAGACAUCAGGGGCAGUCCUGUGGACCUGUAUGAAAGCUAUUGGCAUAUGGAUAAUUUCAGUGUUGUUAGCAGUUCCUGAAGCAGUGUUUUCUGAAGUGACCCAUAUCAGUAGUAUGGAUAACGGCAGCUUUAUAGCAUGUAUGCCAUACCCACAAACUAAUGAGUUACAUCCAAAGAUCCAUUCAGUGAUGAUUUUCUUGGUCUAUUUCCUUAUACCUCUUGUUAUCAUAAGUAUUUAUUAUUAUCACAUUGCAAAAACAUUAAUCAAAAGUGCACACAACAUACCUGGAGAGUACAAUGAACAUUCUAAAAAGCAGAUGGAAACACGAAAACGCCUGGCUAAAAUUGUCCUGGUCUUUGUAGGCUGCUUUGUGCUCUGUUGGUUUCCAAAUCAUGUGCUCUACAUGUAUCGAUCUUUUAACUACAAAGAGAUUGAUCCAUCCCUUGGCCACAUGAUCAUCACCUUAGUGGCCCGGGUGUUGAGCUUCUGCAACUCUUGUGUCAACCCAUUUGCUCUUUACCUGCUCAGCGAGACCUUCAGGAGACAUUUCAAUAGUCAGCUUUGUUGUGGGAGGAGGGCUUACCAGGAGAGAUCUACCAGCUACCUGCUUAGCUCCUCUGCUGUGCGAAUGACUUCUCUGAAAAGCAAUGCUAAGAACACAGUGACCAAUUCUGCCUUCCUGAAUGGGCACAGCAUGAAGCAGGAAAUGAAUCUGUGAUUCCAGUCAUUUGAUUCACUAUCUUGAAAGAACCCACUCUUUCUAUAUCUUUGCUGAGCUGAGCAGAACUAAACAAUUCUUUCCUUCUUCCUAUGUUCUUUCAGCUAGUUCAUUAGAGAAUCACUGUUGACUCAGAAAAAAGCAAGACAAACAAGACAAGUAUUUUCUUUUGAAUGAGUCCUUUAAUUACAUUCAACACAUGGAUUGCCCCCAUGAAGACUGAAAAGCAGUCUAAACAUCUUCUGUGCUCUCAACCAGCAUCUCCCCACACAAAGAAUGCCUUAGCUUAAUAUAUUACAAAUUACAAACCAUAGAUUUAAGCUAUUGUUACAACUGACUGCAGAAUAUUUUUCUUAGAAAUGUGACAUGAAUUUCUAUAUUGCUUAAGAUUUUCCAUAGGGGUUACAUGAUACUGAGAUUUUGUUUUUCAGAGACUUGCCAUUUUUAGCAGAAGCUACAUUUACAGAUGCUUACUUUGUGACCUUCUUCUUCAAAUGGUACCUAUAUAUACAAAAUGAAAGUUACUUCAAAAUUUAGAACCAACUUCUAAGUCGUGAUAAUAGCCAUUGAAAAUUCAAUCAACGUGUCAGCAUAAGAUGCUUCCCUGAACUUUAGAAUGUCAGCUUCUAAGAUGAUAUGAUGAGGUUUUUUUUAAACACAGUGAACAACAAUAACAAUAACAAUUCAUUAAACAAUGAAAUAACAAUGGUUAGUAUCCUUUAUCCUAAACAAUAGACUUCUUUGGUGAUGAUUUGUCCCCAUGAGUAUGAUCAAAUCAAUAUACUUUGUUCUUCGAAAGCUAUAAUUAUGGGGGCUCUGCAAUUAAUGUCACUUUCUGAACAAUAAAAAUAACAACAGCAACAAGAAAGAUCAAAAAAUCUAAUUUGUUUUAUGAUUCACAUCUCAUAGGAUCCUAGAUUUAGAGGUAGAAAGGAUUUUAGAGGGGAUCUAGUACAAUUUCUGAGACCCAGAGAGAUUAAAUGACUUUAUACAAGGCCACAUAAAGAUUUAAAACUUAAGCUCUCUCUCUUUCCAUAUUGAGAAUGUUGUCCACUAUACCAUAUUAUCUCACAAUAUGCUAUGGGAAUUGCCAUCAUUUCCCCCCUCAAUUUAAAAACAGACCUAGUUUUAAUUAAAUGAUCCAGUCUCCAAUUGUGAAUCAGAAAAACCUUGCCUUUGAGUCAACCCAUUUUAAACCAUUGCUAUUUUGAAAUGACAUAUCACAGAAGUGAGUUAGAUUAUUUAGGGAGUAAAUAUGACAAUACUAGGGGUUGUAGGGCAAAUGAUAACACCCAGUGGUUCUAGAGAUCAAAUGAAAUGCAAUUGACUUUUAUCUCUUACAAACAUUUCAAGUGAGGAACUAAACUACCUCACAAAGUAUUUGCUAUUGAUAUAAUUCUAAUUGUAAGUUUUUCCUUAUAUUGAGCUGAAAUCUUCCUACUUAUAAUUUUCACUAAUAGAUCUUAGUUUUGUCUUGU